CAUCACUUUCUCGAAUAUCAACAUCCCAAGCCAGCCUUAUCCCACAACCAUGAAGCUCCUCAUCAUCCUCGCCUCAACCAUCGCCCUCGCUUUCGCCGGCAGGGUCGACAUUAACCUUGAAACCGCCGUCAACAAUGGUGAGACAUCUGCCAUUCUCGAACUGCCGCAAAUCAUGGCGCAAGUCGAAAGCAACCCAUCGCUCCGUUCACUAUCCGGCGACGCCAAGGUGACCGCGCUUGUCUCCUCGCUUCAAGGACUCACCUCCGCUGCGCAGGCGCCCUACGUCUCCGUCGCAAGCUCCCUCGGACUUGAAACGCAACAAUUUUGGUCGUCCAACAUAAUUCUCGUCAAAGGUCUCACCCCUGAAAAACUCUCCCUUCUCGCCGCAACCCCAGGUGACUUUACCAUUCGGAAACAAAACGUUGCCUCCCUAUUUCCAACAAUUGACUACGGACCGGCCGUCCCGCUCAGGCAAGGGCUUAACCAAUGGGGAGUUAAUAAAGUGAGGGCACCCGAAGCGUGGAACGUGACCCAAGGAGAGGGCAUCGUCGUCGCCAUCAUCGAUACGGGUGUAAAUCUUGGGCACGUCGCACUCACGGAGGGAUACGCAGGCGCCUGGGCAGACCCGUACUACAACACCGCAGGGCCAACAGACAUCCAGGGACAUGGAUCCCACUGCGCUGGGACUGUUCUCGGGACCGCGAAUGGCGUUGGCGUUGCCCCCGCCGCGAAAUGGAUUGCCUGCCGGGGACUUAAUAAUCAAGGAAAUGGAGAUGAGGCGUCGCUCACUACUUGCGCCCAAUUCAUGCUAACAGCCAAUCCGAGACCGAAUAUCGUCUCGAAUUCUUGGGGCGGUGGGCAAGGAAGAACUUGGUACAAUACGCAAAUUUCUGCUUGGCGUGCGGCUGGAAUUAUUCCAGUUUUUGCGCUUGGAAAUUCUGGUCCAAAUUGUCGAACUGCAAACUCACCUGGAGAUCAGCCGAAUCUGAUUUCUGUGGGAAAUACGGACGAACAGGACGCGGUCGCAAUUCCCCCAGCGGUUCCAUCCUCGAGAGGUCCGAGUGUCGGAGGGCUCAUGAAACCAGAAGUUUCGGCGCCAGGAACUCGAGUCGUGUCAUGUGGGACGGGUGCUGGGGAUUAUACGACCAAGUCAGGAACUUCAAUGGCCACCCCCCACACGGCUGGAGCUAUCGCCCUGCUCCUCUCGGCCAAUCCGACCUGGGGUUAUGACGAGGUUUAUGCCGCCCUUACGACAACCGGAGCCACGCCCCAGCUCACCAGUGCCGAUAGAAACUGCGGACUUCCGACACCUAACGACUUCCCAAACAAUGCUUUCGGUUAUGGACGAAUCGAUGUCGCUGCUGCACUUGGAUUGUAGAAAGCCAGAUUAUAUAUUUUCCCAAACUAAUUCCACCUCCAAUCGUGUAAUAAUAAAGAAUAUCCUAAUUCUGUGUGUGGCGAUUAAUCCGAAAUAAAUAAUAAA